UGGGGGAAGCUCCCGCGGCCGGUCGCCUUUCUCGAUCGCCGCUGGUUGGAUGGUUUCAAUAGAAGUCUUUUUUCUCUCGCGCUCGCUCUCCUCCGGGGAACAGGCGGAGGCGUCAAUCCGCAGCCGCCGAGUGAGAAAGAGACGCACACGCAGCGGGCGAAAGCGGCCCGCGCCGUCUCCUCAGCGCCUCGCCGUGCAGCCCCGGGGAGGAAGGAGCCCGGGUCCGGCCGGCCGCCUCAGCCGGGCGUCGGCGCCUGCCUGCCCGCCUGGCUCCCGCCCCGGCCCCUCCAAGGGGAUUAGCGGGCUGCCCGCGAGGCUCGGCGGCCCGGGAGCCAUGUUGUCCGGGGGGCUAGGCAACGCGUGAGGGACCCGCGGCCCCUCCCGGAGGCUUCAACCCUCGGCGAGAGCCGGAAGGCGGCGGCGGCGGCGGCGGAGGCCUGCGCCUCGGAGGCGCCUCGGGUCUGCCAGCCGCUGGGACCUGGACCUGCAUCCGGUCGCCGCGGGCGUCCGCGGAGCCGCUUUCCCUCGGCGCCUCGCUCGCCUCGCCCGCCUCGCCGCGGGACGCAGCCCCGCACUUGCUGGAUAUUUCAGUCACAUUUAAUUGAUAGGAUGAAAAAGUUUAAGAGAAGACUAUCCCUCACGCUUCGAGGAAGCCAGACUAUUGAUGAAUCAUUGUCUGAACUGGCUGAACAAAUGACUAUUGAAGAAAACAGCAACAAGGAUAAUGAGCCAAUUGUGAAGAAUGGCAGGCCUCCAACCUCUCACAGUAUGCAUUCCUUCCUCCACCAGUACACAGGAUCCUUCAAGAAGCCCCCAUUGCGGAGACCACAUAGCGUUAUUGGAGGAAGCCUUGGCUCCUUCAUGGCGAUGCCUAGAAAUGGAAGCAGAUUAGAUAUUGUUCAUGAAAAUCUAAAAAUGGGAUCAGAUGGUGAGAGUGACCAAGCUUCUGGGACAUCAUCUGAUGAAGUCCAGUCACCUACAGGUGUUUGUCUUAGAAAUCGUAUACAUAGACGGAUCUCAAUGGAGGAUUUAAAUAAGCGGUUAUCACUGCCUGCAGAUAUCAGAAUACCUGAUGGAUAUCUUGAAAAAUUGCAGAUAAACAGUCCACCGUUUGAUCAACCAAUGAGCCGAAGGUCUCGGAGAGCUUCCUUAUCAGAAAUUGGGUUUGGGAAAAUGGAAACCUACAUCAAAUUGGAAAAACUUGGAGAGGGUACAUAUGCAACAGUAUAUAAAGGAAGAAGUAAACUGACAGAGAAUUUGGUGGCAUUAAAAGAGAUCCGGUUGGAACAUGAAGAAGGUGCACCCUGCACAGCUAUAAGAGAAGUUUCGCUAUUAAAGGAUCUAAAACAUGCAAAUAUAGUAACCUUACAUGACAUUGUUCACACAGAUAAAUCUUUGACUCUGGUCUUUGAGUAUCUGGAUAAAGACCUAAAACAGUACAUGGAUGACUGUGGAAACAUCAUGAGUAUGCACAAUGUGAAGCUGUUUUUAUACCAAAUUCUACGUGGUUUGGCAUAUUGCCACAGAAGAAAAGUGUUGCACCGAGACUUGAAACCACAGAACCUCCUGAUUAAUGAAAAAGGAGAAUUAAAGCUAGCAGAUUUUGGACUAGCCAGAGCCAAGUCAGUUCCCACAAAGACCUACUCAAAUGAAGUUGUCACACUGUGGUACCGGCCACCUGAUGUGCUUCUUGGUUCCUCAGAGUACUCAACACAGAUCGACAUGUGGGGUGUUGGUUGCAUUUUCUUUGAAAUGGCUUCUGGAAGACCUCUAUUUCCAGGAUCAACUGUUGAAGAUGAACUGCACUUAAUUUUCCGACUGCUAGGAACUCCAUCUCAGGAAACUUGGCCAGGUGUUUCUUCAAAUGAUGAGUUCAAGAACUACAACUUCCCAAAAUAUAAACCACAGCCUCUAAUUAACCAUGCACCCAGAUUAGACUCUGAAGGAAUCGAGUUGAUAACAAAAUUUCUUCAGUAUGAAUCUAAGAAAAGGGUUUCAGCAGAAGAGGCCAUGAAACAUGUGUACUUUCGAAGUCUGGGACCAAGAAUACAUGCUUUACCUGAAAGUGUAUCAAUAUUCAGUUUGAAAGAGAUUCAGUUGCAAAAGGACCCGGGUUUUCGAAAUUCUUCUUAUCCAGAGACAGAUCCUGAAAACUUUGCAGUGAAGAGAACUGAAACUCAGAAAUUUUGAACCUUGGACACUUAACGAUUCGUCUUAAACUGACAAGGUUCUUAAAGGGGCCUCCCAAGCAUCACUUUUCCUAUCAACGGCUGUGAAGAUCUGCUGCUCGGUAGCAGCGUCUUAAAAAGCUCUGAACUGGGUUUUCCAGAUUUCACUCCGGAUGUGGGGCUGAUGAGAAUUCAUCUCCCUGGCAAUGGUUUGGAGGGAAAAAAAAUCCUUUCUUGUCAGAUUGGGUGUCAAGCCAAAACUGGGUUUCCCGGGAGAGUGCCAAGGACCGCAUUUGCUUGCACACACGCAGCAGGAGUCCUGCCUGCUAGCCAGUGAGAGGGCAGAAGAAACAACUCGCCCCAGCUGGGAAGCCUGCGUGGCUUUUAUUCUCAGCGGAGGCAAACUCCCUGGCGCAGGGUGGUUUUGCACCUUUGGUGACUAGAAGGAGCCCCUCAGUGGUUUUGUGAUGUCAACAAGGUGCUCUGUGUAAGAACCACAGCAAAGGCGCCAGCAUCUCAGAUUGCAUCAUGCUGGAUGCUGAAGUGUUAUUUUUUCCUAGAAUUGGCCUUAGCGGCUUUGUUAAUUAUCGAAAGCAUUUGGCUGAAACCUAAGUUGAAAGGUCUGCUCUGUUCCGUGCAGAGGAGACAAACAUCCAACGGUUUUCAAACUGUGAAGAUGCUAAAAGGUAAACUAAUUUAUACCAAAUUAUUCAAGUCUUUGUUUCCACAGCAUUUGCUACAUAUUGAAUAACCUAUGAGGUUACUAGGAUAAAUACAUUCUGUGGAUAAGCUUCCCGUUUGUUCUAAUCUGAGGCCUGGCACAUUUGUGAAAUUGCCAUCUGGCCUAACGGUUAAGACUUAACAGUUCAGCAUGGCCUGUGCCAGGGUUCCAGUCUCAGAAUCACCACCUAUUAGGUAGGUAAUCUCUCUGUGCCUCAGGUUCCUAAUCUGUAAAAUGGAGACGAAGAAAUGCCUAUAUUACAGGAUUGUCAGGAAGAUGAAAAAAGAUGGUCUGGUGCCUGGCACAGAGCAAAUGCUUAACAGUGUUAAAGACUGUUCUCAUUAGUAAGUAAUUAAAAUUGGACCUGACACUUACUACAUGUAUUUCAUCUAUUUGUGGGAGAAAUGCUCAAUGGAUAUAGAAAAGUACUCAAUGUUCUGAAACCAACCAAUCAAGUCAGCCGUACUUUAAGGCUCCUCUCAGUGGUAUUAGGCUCAGGUGAUCUGAGAACUAACAUCUGUGUGUCACUCUGGAGCCAGUUCCAGCCACGCUGACAUCUAAUAACCAGUGUGUUCUAGGCCUCCUCAUCUGCCCAUCAAGGAAGGUCUCAAAGCUCGAAGGAGAGAGUCUUCUAGACUACAAAACCUAGCUUGCUUUCUCUCAGUCAUGGCCAUAAAUAUAUAUAUCAAUUCCUUUUUCAUCUUUUGAGCAACAGAGGAAGUGUGGAAUUUGUAUUUUCAUAGUCUAAAGUUUGUACCCACAUCUGGAUUUGGGAUGUUUGCACCUUUGUUUCUAAGGGAUACAGGAUGUACUCAGAAUACAGUAGCCUUCUGUUCCUCAUGUUGAAUGUUUGAAAUGUCUUCUGUAAUAUAUGCAAAUAAAUAUCGUGAAAUUA